UGACAGUUUAGUUUCCAAUAAUUGACGUUUACAUCAUUUGUUUACAACGAUUUUUGGUCUGUUUGUUUUUGUGUUCUGUGUAAAUUUUGAAUUGUAUUUUAAGGAUUUAACCAGAGUUCACUGCGAUUUAUGUGUUGGAAUAGUAAGAAGAUAAGAAGAUGAAAGAGAUCGUUUCACGGAGAAAAAGUGUUCCGAGUAGACGUUCCAUGGUGCCGCAAUAUCAACAUUCGAAGACUGAUUCACACGAUGCUCAACGAAUUGGCGAGGAAAACCUACUAGAUGAUAUAGAAGAGAUGCAGCAACACAAUGUUCAAUUCAACGAUACUGCCGGAACCGCUGAUAACUUUACAGAUGUCGAUACAGAGAUAGACCGGAAAAGUCCCGAUUGUGACAUUUCGAGCUAUGUCGAAGCCGUAUUGGAAGAUCCGAAGCAGAAUGAGCAUGAAUCGGAAGAAGCUCAAAGCCCUCGGAUGGAGUCAGGCGAUGCCGAGCCUGAAUUUGUUUCAACGAAUAAUUUACCGACACUUUGUGUCUCUUAUAAACGGAAGUCUCGCAGAUCGAAAGACAGAGAUGCGCUCAAUGAUGAACAGUCUACUCGGGUAGAUAAAUCCGAAGGUUCAUCACGGAAGAAGAAGCAGGUCAGAGUUCGAGUGAAACGUUGUGAUUUCGCUGAAAAGAAUCCUGUCGCUCGUGACAGUAAGUUUUCACUCCGUAUACAUUUCAAAGAAUCGAAAACGUUUCCCUGCACAGAGUGUGACAAACAAUUCAAUCACAAGGGACAUCUGGAGGAACAUUUUAGAAUCCACACUCGUGAAAAACCCUUUACUUGUAAGGAUUGUGGUUUCGCCUUCAGUCAAAAAGGUCAUUUGACAGCCCACCAGAGGACUCAUUCCGGCGAAAGACCGUUCGAAUGCCUGAUUUGCAACGUAGCUUUUUCUCAAAAAUCCAAUCUUACUCAUCAUAUGCUGAUCCACAAAAAUGAAAGGCCAUACACGUGCGAAAUCUGCAACCGAUCAUUUCGACGAAGGGAUCGUUUGACACAUCACCACAGGACGCAUGGUGAAAAGCCUCACAAGUGCGACAUUUGCCUGAAAACGUUCCGACAAAGAUCGCACCUGAUCAGUCAUCUUAAGAAAAUCCACGACGAAGUACCGAAUUAGCAGUAGCGGUUCUACCGAAACUAUUGUUUUAUCGCGCAAGUAUAUUUGAGACGACGUGUCGAGUGAGAUAGUUUUCCUGUCGCUGUAGAGGAGCCGCGGGAUUUCUUUUUAAUUGAAUUUUAAUUAAGUUUUGUGUUCGUUUUUAGUGGUCGACUUAAAAUAUUGUGAGACACUACCUGUGUGUUGCAGGUAGAUUAGCUCUGUUAUGAAGUUAAUUUGUGAAUAAAUGUCUCUUUGCUAUGCGAUUC